AUGCUAAUCCAUGUUGCUUCUUCAUGUAGAUUUCCGGAGUUCAAUUUAGUACCACUUGGUGGGGAGUUCGAAGCACAUGUCAAACCUCAAUUCUUAUCACCAGGAAUCCAAUACACGAUUAACUUGGUGUUCAAACUCAAAAACCGAAAUGGGAACUCAAACGGACCUAUGUAUUUAGUUCUCGAUUACAUACUGAAAGGGGAGACAAAAUAUUCAACUGCAUACCUUGCACAUGAGAGAAAAGAUAGAUGGAUGACGGUUGAAUUGUAUCAGUUUACUAGCCACGAAAGAGAUUUUGACCUCGAAAUUCUGUUUGGUGGCACUCAAAAUCAUUUUGACGCCCUCGUGGUAGAAGGCAUUGAGUUUCGGCCCUCAAAGAGAGUGGCGUCAGAGGUUGAGGAGGUGGAUAUACAACCUAUAUCUGAUUUAGAUACAUAUUGGGAAAGAAAAUUGCCAGAAGAUCAUAAAGAAAUAAUCAAGUGGUCAAAAGAUASUAUCGAAUGGACAACGAAGAAAGAACUCUAUUUUCUUUUUUGUAAAGGCUUCCUGAUCAAUAAUGGUGAAGAGUGGUUUUUUCUAGCCAAAAAUGGAAAGAAAUGUCUUUUCCUACCAGCAAGAGCGCUUUUAGACACAAGCAAAUGGACAUUUCAAUCUUUACCCAACUUAAGGUUUGAAGAAGUGGCUCUUGAUUGUGUUAAUAGUCAUUUUACUAUUCGUGGCGAAUUCAAAUUUCAAACGCUAUCACCUGGAUCAACAUAUACAUGUAACUUUGUCUACAAAAUAACAGGAGACUUGGACGAAUUCGAGGAGCCUGUUAAAGUGAGAAAUUGGAAUCUUCCUUUUCCCGAUUCAGAUGGAAUUCAUUAUCGGUAUAUCUAUUUAGUUAAUCCUCAAUUGCGGGUUCUUAGACCAAAUGUUGAUGAAAACACCGACAACCCCCCGAUAUUGCAAAUGCCAAAAAUCAAAGGCCUUCCACAUCUGCGGAACGAUGGUUGGAUGGAAGUUCAAAUAUGGGAAUUUGAAACAUCUAUUAGAGUCGACAAGUUUAACAUUGACUUUAGGUUGGAAAAAGAAUAUCACCCAUGGUUUCAGGGGAUUAGUGUGCAAGGCAUUGAGAUAAAACCUCGAAGAUUAUCUUCUUUAUGAUUAAUUGUAAACACAAAUUAAUAAUGAAUU